AUGCCAGCGCUGUUCGCUGAAGCGCAACAUCUAACUCGCAACGACGUGUUGCAAUCAAUCUUCGAGAAUAACAGUGACCAAGAGGACGCACUCCCACCGACGCCAGGAUACUUGUUUUUUUUGGAAGACCACGAGGACCGCAAGACGCCUGAGCUAUAUCUCGACCUUGCACAGCAAGACCCUGUUUUGUCGGACGUCAGUUUCCACGGGGAGCCCUUUCUGAAAAGGUUUGAAUCGACCAUGCCCAGUAACUUCGACUCUCUGCGGUGGUCCGUGGACGACAUUCUUGCAGACUGUACUCCGGAAAAGUCGUCCCUGUGGAGUGGGGCCUGGAGCGACGACGAGGCUCUGAGUAAAGAUUUGAACAGCAGUCCCUUCUCAACUCCAUCACUUACACAAAGCAACAUCGAGGAUGUACUGGCCCGGGUGCCAGAGCCGCCAAUUAUGUGCUUCGCUGAAUUUCAGCGUCAUCCACCGCAAGAGAAACCUGGGCAUAUUCCCGCACGCGCUAGUACUGGGAAGGUUUCCAAACCAAAUAAUAAACAGGCUUCUCGCGGCAAGAGGAGCUCCAAGUUCAACCUUAGCGCAAAACGAGCCUUGCUACAGAAACUCAUCUCCAGGAUGCAGAUGAGGACUCGCUUAGAGCAAACGUAUGAACAUGGCAUAUUGGUCCGCAGAAAUGUAGCAAAGGAGCUCGCGAUUGAAGGAGAGGGGGCGACUCCGCAACUCCAGUUUUGUGGAACAAGAUUUCAAGACGUUCAGACUUUCCUGCAGAGCCAGGCAACCCUACAUCAAGACGCUUGCCAUUUUAGAACAAUUUGGAGUUAUAAUAGAGAGCAAAAGGGUUCCACAAUAAUACUGACUCUCUCGCUGACAGACGAACAAAGCAAAUGUGGCGAAAAUGAGUAUCAGUUCUCUGUAAUUUCAAGGUAUUUGCCAUACGAUUGCUUUGGAAGACCGCAUGGCGCAGUCAAGAAAAAGCUCAACAGGGUCCAAGAAGAACUGGAAAGAGAGAAAGAGACUAGAAAAGGCGACACAUAUUGCUGGCGCCACUUUUUGACCAGCUUUGAAUAUUUCAAGCUUGUCUCCUUUAUGCUUGGAAAAGAGUAUGAUUUUAAUCUCAACGAUAAUCAAACUGGAGAGACUAGAGGUAGCGACGGAAAGGUCAUAUCGCCGGAGAAAAGGCAUGACAUGCGGACUAGGUCGCAUGCCAAGAUAUAUUUUGAAGGAAAAGCUGUUAAGAGUGCUCACGAACUGCUGAACGAUGAAACCAUAUCAAGCCACAAGUCAUUCAUUGUGGGGACGUUUGGUCAGAUAAUGGCUUACACUAAUAAAAGGCCUUUCGGCUCAGAUUCGUCUUUGUCAGUCAUGGAAUUUAAAUACCUUGAAGAGGCCUUGGAGAAAGAAAUUAACUUUCACGUCUUUCACGGUGUCUAA